GCUUUUUCUGUCCGCACUCACGUUGGGAAAUCUGAUGCAAGUGGUAUGUAUUGACGGAAAAAGCCGGCUCAUCAAACACGAAACGAUCCCGCACUCCAUUAUAAAGAGUUUUAAUUGUGAUUCUGAUUAUUGUACCUAACCGACUAGCAGUAAGUUAAGACGAAGGUCAAAUAUGGCAGACACAGCUUGUACCCUGACCCCCAUGGAGCUUUAUGGGAUGUUGAAUCUCCAAGGAGACCAAGUACGAGUCCUAAAGUCAAAGAAGGCUGAUAAAGCCGAGAUUGAUUCUGCUGUACAGCUGCUGCUGAAGCUGAAGUCUCACUACAAAAAAAAGACAGGGCAAGAAUACAAUGCUGCUUGUCCCCCCACUGAGGACGUUUCAUCAAGCAAUAAUGGACCAGCUGUAGAGGACGGAGACGACCAGGUGGACCCCUGGAACGUGUCCACCAGCAGCGCUAAAGGAGUGGAUUAUGACAAGCUCAUAGUGAGGUUCGGAAGCAGUAAGAUCGAUCAGGAGCUGAUCGACAGGAUAGGCAGAAUCACAGAGCAAACACCGCACCGCUUCCUCCGCAGAGGAAUCUUCUUCUCUCACAGGGACAUGCAUCAGGUCCUGGACGCCUAUGAGAACAAGAAGUCCUUCUUUCUCUACACAGGCAGAGGGCCUUCAUCAGAAGCGAUGCAUGUGGGCCACCUUAUUCCCUUCAUCUUCACUAAGUGGCUUCAGGACGUCUUUAACGUACCUCUGGUGGUCCAGCUGACCGACGAUGAGAAGUAUCUGUGGAAGGACCUGACGCAGGAGCAGUGCCACCGCUUUGCCGUGGAGAACGCCAAGGACAUCAUCGCCUGCGGAUUCGACGUCAAUAAGACCUUCAUUUUCUCCGAUCUAGACUAUAUGGGCACGAGUCCAUCAUUCUAUAGAAACGUGGUGAAAAUACAGAAGCAUGUCACUUUUAACCAAGUUAAAGGCAUAUUCGGAUUCACAGACAGUGACUGCAUCGGAAAGAUCAGUUUUCCCGCAAUACAGGCGGCUCCUUCCUUCAGCGGCUCUUUCCCACAGAUCUUCAACGGCAGGACGGAUUUGCAGUGCCUCAUCCCAUGCGCUAUUGACCAGGACCCAUACUUCCGCAUGACGCGAGACGUCGCUCCUCGAGUAGGCUACCCCAAACCUGCUCUCAUGCACUCCACGUUCUUCCCCGCAUUACAAGGAGCUCAGACCAAGAUGAGCGCCAGCGACCCGAACUCCUCCAUCUUCCUUACAGACACUCCCAAACAGAUCAAAACAAAGAUCAACAAGCAUGCAUUCUCAGGAGGGAAAGACACGAUCGAGGAGCACAGGAAAUACGGAGGAAAUCCAGAUGUGGACGUGUCUUUCAUGUACUUGACUUUCUUCCUUGAGGAUGACGAACGGCUGGAGAAAAUCCGACAGGAUUAUUCCAGUGGAGCACUCCUGACUGGCGAGCUAAAGAAAUGUCUAAUCGAAACCCUCCAGCCAAUGAUCGCAGCUCACCAGGAGAGACGCAAACAAAUCACCGACGACGUAGUCGAGCAGUUUAUGACUCCACGCAAGCUAGACUUCAGUUUCUAG